GGCGUGGCGAUGGGACUCCCGGGGCUGGGCCCUGGCGCCCCCCCCUCCAACCCGCACGCAGCCCCGCGCACGCGCACGCGCGCCUCCACGGCCGGGUCGCGGCUGGAGUGAGGACGCCGCGCAGUGUGGAGCAGCGGAGCCACGGCGCUGCUUCCACAGCUGCUCAGGAGGGGAGCAUGUCUGCAACUCGAGCCAAGAAAGUGAAGAUGGCCACCAAAUCGUGCCCCGAGUGCGACCAACAGAUUCCUGUUGCGUGUAAAUCAUGUCCCUGUGGUUACAUAUUUAUUAGCAGAAAACUACUAAAUGCAAAACAUUCAGAGAAAUCACCACCAUCUACAGAAAACAAGCACGAGGCCAAGAGAAGGCGGACAGAGAGAGUUAGGCGAGAGAAGAUAAAUUGUACAGUAAAUAAAGAUUUCGAAAACAGGAAGAGAUCUCGAAGUAACAGCCAUUCAGAUCACAUCCGCCGAGGAAGAGGGAGACCUAAAAGUUCAUCUGCCAAAAAACACGAGGAAGAGAGAGAAAAACAGGAGAAGGAAAUUGACAUCUAUGCUAACCUCUCUGAUGAGAAGGCUUUCGUGUUUUCAGUUGCCUUGGCAGAAAUAAAUAGAAAAAUUAUCAAUCAAAGACUUAUUCUCUGAUACUUGCCUUCAAAAUCUGUUGCCACUUUCUUGAGGAUUACAUCAGCCAAUUCUCAGACAGUCGUGGACUCUCAGAGCACUCAGACUAUAUGAAUGAGGGCCAUUGAUUGCUUUUUCUGUUUUCUAGUCUGUGGCCACACUUUGGGAGCAAAGCUGUGGGUUAGACUUUGCUGGGAUUUCCUUGUUUACCAAGGAUUAUUACCAGUGUUUUGUGUUGGGAUAUUACUAAAUGUAUUUACAAAAACAAACAAAACUACCAAAAAAGCCCUGGAACCUGGAUGGGUAUUUACAGAUUGAAGGGUUAGGAGUGCCGGUGGAAACACAGGAGCUGGAGCAGCUGACAGGCUUGGUAGUUUCCAGGUUCGCACCAGAGAUGCAGUGUCUUAAGUCCUGUCAGGAGAGUGACUUUUAAAUAUAUGUAUUUCAGGCUUUCACCAUUAACAGAUUGCAUAUAUACAAUCCAUUGACUUUUAAUGAAUUGGUAAUUGAUAUUUUAUUGAAUGGAGAAUUACGAAUAUAGAUUAUAAAUUCUGUCUUCAAUUGACCUUUUUCUUGGGCGCUAUUUUAAUGAUUUAAGGUAGGAGUUAUAUUUUCAGAAACUUUCUAGACAGUUUGGAAAUUUGGGUGCUAUAUGAAGAAAAGCAUUUAAGGCUGAAUCAUAUUUCAGAUAUAAACACCUUGUUUUCUUGAAUGUUUAUUUAUUGGUUUUUUAAAAAAAAACUUUUCUGUUAUCAAGAUGGUGCCUGUUAACCUAAACACAGAUAUAUUUAUUAUAUAAAUUGCAAAAUAUUUCUUAGUUACUUGUGAACAGUGAUGUUUUGUCUGAAUGAAUGUUCAUUUAUACAUAAUUCUGGUAAUUAUUUAAACUGUUACUUCAUCUUGGAGAAAAAUAAACCUUAAUGUUGAAAGUGAGUAGA